AUGGCCUUCCACCUGGUUUCUGAGGCUGUAAAUCCUUAUGAGACCGUGCACAUUUCCCAGGCUAAGAAGCUGAUCCCAGAGAGUGCAGCGCCUUUUGCAGCAGUGCACAUAAUCUGCAAACUUGACUGUAAACCCCGCGCAGAGCGUGCUCUCUCCUCCCGGGCGCCGCCGGUGGGGCGUGCCCUUCGGACCGGACCCGAGCUGAGCUGCGCGCUGCACGGUUCUGACCCGGAGGCGGUGCCUGCAGCCCCGCCCGGCUCGGUCCCGCCCCUGCUCCGCCUCCUGGGUCCCGGCUUCUACUUUCGCUUUCAUAUAAAGCCUCCGGGGGACCCGGGUCGAGAGCCACAGGCAGGGCCACUGCAGAGAGCUCAGUACAGGCUUCGAGAAGGUUCUGUGGUCCCUGCUCCCCACGACCGCCCGCCUCUCCCCGCACUUCCGCCGGCCUCUCCCCGCCCGCCUUGCCGGCUGGCUUUCCACCACGACCGAGAACUUUUGGGCACUAAGAGGACAUCUGGGCUUCCAGAGAUGGAGGAUGAGCUGGACUCUGUUGCGAAGCAGGAAGCCGGCGAUUCAGCAGAUAAAGAUGUUGUGGAUGCCAGGCCAGACCGGUCCUCGUUUGUCCCGUCACUCUUCAGUAAGAAGAAAAGCAGUUCACAGUCUGUCAAGAGCAAACAGGACAAAGGGAGUGUGUCUCCACAUCGAUAUAACAUGAAUUUCGAGAAGGUGGGCAAAUGCAUCAUAAUAAACAACAAGAACUUUGAAAAGGUAACAGGAAUGGGGCCCAGGAAUGGAACCGACAAAGAUGCCGAGGCCCUCUUCAAGAGCUUCCGACGCCUCGGCUUUGACGUCAUCGUCUACAAUGACUGCUCUUGUGACCGGAUGCAGGACUUACUCAAACAAGCUUCCGAAGAGGACCAUACAAACUCGGCCUGCUUUGCCUGCAUCAUGUUAAGCCACGGCGAAGAGAACCUAAUUUACGGAACAGAUGGAAUGACACCGAUAAAGGAUCUGACAGCCUGCUUUCGGGGAGACAGGUGCAGAACGCUGUUAGAGAAGCCCAAACUCUUCUUCAUUCAGGCGUGCCGUGGCUCGGAGUUCGAUGACGGAAUCCAGGCCGACUCCGGCGUUGUCAGUGACGCGGACACUAAUCCUCAGUACAAGAUUCCAGUCGAAGCUGACUUCCUCUUCGCUUAUUCCACUGUUCCAGGCUAUUUCUCUUGGAGGAACCCAGGAAGAGGCUCCUGGUUCGUGCAAGCCCUCUGCUCCGUCCUGGACGAGCACGGGAAGGAGCUGGAGAUUAUGCAGAUCCUCACCAGGGUGAACUACAGGGUGGCCAGGGAUUUCGAGUCCCAGUCUGAGGACCCAACCUUCCACGAGAAGAAGCAGAUCCCAUGCAUGGUGUCCAUGCUCACCAAGGAACUCUACUUUGAAAAGUAG